AAACAAUGAGUUAAUAUGUACAAGGUCAUUGGACAAAUCACAUCAGACACCAAUUGCAAACCAAGCAAGAUGCGUGUACAAAUUUUUGCUGCAGUUUUGCUCAUUGCGGGCAUCAGUGCCCAGUGCCCUAAAGAAUGCCCAGAGAUGUACAAGCCAGUAUGUGCAUCCAAUGGCAAAACCUAUGGUAAUGACUGUGAGCUCAAAAUGGUUAUCUGUAAUACUGAAGAUGCUUUGGUCAAAGUCAGUGAUGGAGAAUGUGCACCAGCCACUCGUCAUCCAACUCAACCAACCCGACCACCAACUGUUCCCACAGAAGUGACAGACCCAGAGGGAUCUGGAGAAACGGAGCCACCAGAACCUACUGGGACAAAGUUGCCUACCAAUAUGCCAAAGAGCACAGCGACUUUCCGCCCACUGAACUACACCAAACACCCAAUCAGUAAUUACACCAAAUACCCUAUCAAAAACUACACUGGAUACCCUGUAUUCACCACCAGAUCUCCAUGUAGCCGAUACUACUGCCCUUCAUUCUACUCUCCUGUGUGUGGUGCUGAUGGCGUCACUUACAGAAACCUCAACUGCUACAGCAAAGCUGUCUGUGAGUACAGACAGAAGGGUCUGAGCCUCCGUUACUUGUAUCGCGGACCAUGCAAAAAUGGAACUCUCUUCAAACCCUUGCCAAAAUAUUGUGCUUAUAAAUCCUGCCCUUACAAGCCUGUCUGUGGAUCAGAUGGAAAGACAUAUUCAAGUUCCUGUUACAUGGACUACUCUAACUGUCGUAACAACAGAGACGUCACAGUUGUCAGGCAGGGAAGUUGUCCACCACAGUCUACUCUGAAACCAACCACAAGCCGUUGUGUGUACAAUGGGACACUUUGCCCUGCUGGUGGGCCACGCAAUCCAGUCUGUGGAACUGAUGGGAGAAACUACUUCACUGUUUGUUAUCUGGAGUACAUGAAUUGUAUUUACAACAGAACUGUAUCAGUUGCCUCCAAGGGAUACUGUCCAUACAAAACCACCACCCCAAAACCAUGCAAUCAGAACUGUGGAUGGACCUACAAACCUGUGUGUGGAAGUGAUGGAAGGUCAUACCGUAGUCUGUGCCACCUCCAGAACCAGGCCUGCAAGCUGCAAUAUAUCGGAGGGAAGCUGACUGUCAAGUAUUAUGGCAACUGUAAACAGCCAACUACAGUGAAGCCCUAUACGACUGGAAACCCUUUGUCUGCUUGUUCCAAGCUGGGACCAUGCCCAACCUACUACCGCCCUGUGUGUGCCUCCAACAACAUCACAUACAGAAACACCUGCUACUAUUCCCAGGCUGAGUGUAGGAUGUUGGCCUAUGGGCAGGACAUAAAGCUGAAGAGCCUUGGGGAGUGUAAAAAUGUGGCCUAAAUCUAACUCGAAGAAACUACACUUGAGAACAGACAUGGCACAUGAAGGUGUGCCAGUUGAAAACAGAUUGUGACACUUGGAGAUAUUUCCUCAAAAACAGAAUUAAAGGACUAAAAGAGACUUUCAAAGUUGUACAUGCAUGUUCACAGGUCAAUGAUAAAUAAUCCAAAUGAAAUUAACAAUUUAUUUUUUUCCUUUCUUUUUUCACGUUGAUAAAAAUUGUUAGAAUAGAUUAAAAAUAUUUAAAGAAAUGUGACGAUAUCUUAUUUUCUAAAGUAACUAUGUAAUACCUUUUAAUUUUGCAGUUUGAAUUGAUUUUGUUAUAAAAUUUCCUGGUCACAAUGGCUAAGUUUGCUAUUUUCUUUUAUCAGUUCCUAGUAGUAAGCAUAUCAUUCUUUUCAGUUCCAAACAUUUUUAUUGCAAAUUUCAAAAGGUGAAAAAUAAAUUGAUUCUAG